AUGAAUGCCAGUGCUGUGUAUACAGUGCCGCUGUCAUAUGGUAUAUGUCCUGGUACGCAAAAAGACAUUCUUGGCGUCCCAAUCCUGAUAGAAGAGGGUCAGGCAAAUAUCGCGGCCAAUGGCUCUUGCGAUGCUCUAACUCAUGAUGUCUAUUAUGGGCAGUUUGGUAUCGCAACAGCUGAUAACGGAACAUAUUUGGAUGUCAAAAAUCUCCCAUCAAACCACACCAAGGCACUUAGCAAUAUUCCUGGACUGGCGUCGCUUACUAGCCCCCCAGGGGGGGAAAUUAUGACUGUCACAUUCCUCAACAAGACGUAUACAGUCACAGCGACUCCGUAUAACACGACCAAAGUGAGUGCUACAACCUCAAGCUCUGGGGACUUCAGUCGGUCAGCAUUGAGCUCAAGCUCAGCAGUGAAACCGGCAAGUGCUACGACAACGAGAUUUAUCGGGGCAGCUGUAACGAAUCAGCCACAAGUAACAUUGGGACUAUUAUCUUUGAAUCUUGCUGUUGCAUUUCAUUUGCUUUAG